AUGCCCGGUGUUACGGACGAUGCCCCAGUGCACCUCACCGAGGUCGAUAUCGACCUUGAUGUGCAAGAAAUCCUGCUCGCCGCAUCACAGCACGAUCAGUCUAAGCUGCACCGCCUCCUCCGUACUCAAUCUAUCCUGCCAGACGCAGCGAACGUCAAAGAUACCGAGUCCGGAUUUUCACCUUUGCACGCCGCAAUCGCCGCCUGUGAGCCCGACACAGAGAUCGUCGAUACUGAUGGCGUAGUCUCCUCAGACUCGAACCCAAAGGGAUUGGAUGUUGAGACCGUGCAGUCAGCAGUAGAGACAGUCAAGUUUCUACUGCAGGAAGGUGCUAUCUGGAACGAUCUUGACAAGAACAAUGAAACACCCGGUUGCAUCGCACGCCGGAUCGGCGCUCUGGAGCUGUACGACUUGAUCGUUGACGCAGGCGUCCGCGCAGAGUUGCUGCUGAACCGACUUGAUGCCUACGAAGAAUUGUCCGACGACGAGGAUGAGGAGGAGGAGGAGGAGGCAGAGAAAGAGACCGAGACCGAGACCGAGACAGCGCCUGAACUUGUCGAUGCUUCUGCCGAAUCUUCGACCGAAACCACUGUCACACCUGCUAACCCUGAUGUGUCCAACCCGCAGUACCUUGAGUCGCGCCUGAAUAUCCAAAAUGACCGAAUCCUCGACGCAGACCAAAACGGCGUGAUGAUGCGUUGGGAAAGCGAUAUCAUGCGCAAAUCUGCGACCGCCCUACUUCCAACACCGGGCCUUAAAGUACUGAACAUCGGCCAUGGAAUGGGUAUCGUGGAUGGAUUCUUCCAAGAUCAAGGACCAGCUGCGCACCACAUUGUCGAAGCGCACGAAGAUGUUGUUGCGGAGAUGAAGCGUCGUGGAUGGGACACUAAGCCCGGUGUUGUCAUUCAUCAAGGUCGUUGGCAGGACAUUCUUCCCGAUCUUGUGGCGGCAGGAGAGACUUUCGAUGCUAUCUACUACGAUACUUUCGCUGAGUCAUACGGUGAUUUCCGGGAAUUCUUCUCUGAGCAGGUCAUCGGGUUAUUGGAGCAGGAAGGUCGUUGGGGAUUCUUCAAUGGGAUGGGCGCUGAUCGUCAAAUCUCUUACGAUGUCUACCAGAAGGUCGCAGAGAUGGAUAUUUUCGAAGCUGGGUUCGAUGUGCAGUGGGAGGAGAUUGCUGUGCCUAAAUUAGAUGGCGAAUGGGAGGGCGUGCGCCGAGCCUACUGGGUUGUGGAUGAUUAUCGUCUGCCGCUGUGCAAGUUUAUGGAUUAA